AGAAAGUUGGCUAGAAAGCUCGCUAUGGCUUAGAUCAGAGGUUAAAGUUGGUGGGAGACGUCGCCUUUUAUAAUUUAGUCCCAUGAAUUUGUCCACCCGUGCUGUUUUGGCCAUUGGCGGCGUCUUUCUGGGGUGCUGCAGUGGCGUUGUUUUCCUGGAGCUCUUGGUAAAACUCGACCCCGGCGCUGGAAACCUGAUAACUGCAGCCCAGUUUGCUUUUAUUUCCCUGGAGGGCUUCAUUUUCACCUCGAGGUUUGGAUUGGCUAAGCGCGUCAUCAGCCUGAAGGACUAUGCACUCCUGGUGGCUAUGUUCUUCCUGACAAGCGUGUGCAACAACUACGUGUUCCAGUUCAAUGUCCCAAUGACACUACACAUGAUAAUCCGUGGCGGAUCCCUCAUCACGAAUAUGUGCUUGGGCACAAUGAUCCUAAAAAGAAGCUACCGGCUGAGUCAGUACAUAUCCGUGGUCAUGAUCAGCGUGGGGAUUUUCAUCUGCACCUACUUUUCAAGCCCGGAUUUGGGUGAUAAGGAGAAUACAAAUAGUACGGAGAGUGAUAUAUUCUGGUGGCUAGUGGGCGUGCUUCUCCUGGUAGUGGCUCUGUUUGUCUCCUCCUACAUGGGCGUAACACAGGAAUUGCUAUAUAGACGUCAUGGAAAGUGUGCGAGGGAAGCCUUAUAUUACACCCACCUUUUGCCUCUUCCCGCCUUUCUGCUUAUGCAAGAAAACAUACGGACGCACUGGAUCCAGGCCUUUGCGGGAGAGUCCUACCAGUUACCCCUUCUGGGCGUGACAGUGCCCUUAUUACUACUUUACUUAUUAGGCAAUGUGUUGGCUCAGCACCUGUGCAUCAGUUCCGUUUACACUCUGACUACGGAAUGCAGCUCGCUAACGGUUACUCUGAUCUUAACACUCCGCAAGUUCAUCUCGCUGAUGUUUUCUAUAUUAUACUUUCGGAAUCCCUUUACUGCAUACCACUGGCUGGGCACAGUGCUAGUCUUUGUUGGCACCUUAAUGUUUGCUGAUGUCAUCAAAGUUCCCAAAAGAGGAUCUCAGGCUGUGAAACAGGAAUAGAAAAAAAUGACUUGUGACGAACAAUAUUAUAAUUCCAUUUACAUUUACAUUUAAGUACAAAUUAAAAUUACAAGACUCUCAUAAUUGUUAUGAAAAGAAGGCAUACAUUAAAAUUAAUGAAAAACGCGA